UAUUAUUAUAAUAUAUAAUAUAAUAAUAUUAUUAUAUUCUGUGGUUUAAUAUGUCUAUACUUUCCAAGUUAUACGUAUUACAAUCAUUGUAGCGUAUGUUGGGACUUGUUUGGGGACUUGGGGAAACCUGAAAAUAUGCUUAUAUUAUUUUCCCUAUAUUUUUUUUUUAUUAAUAAAAAUAAAUAGAAUAUGCAGUACAUAGUAUAACAAUGUAAUUAAAUAGAUGGUGAAUACAUGCCACUUUAUUUUUUAUUUAAGGGGAAGGCAUGCACUCGCUUUUUAAGGAGUUUGAUAUAGGCAAUUUUAAUAAAAUGUUUAAAUAUUUAAAUUUAAUAUAUUAAAAUAAUAGGUACGUGUAAAUACUAAUGCAAGAUUGCAUUAUGGUUGUCUUGUAAUAACGAGAUUAUAAAAUAAAAAUAAAAACAGUUUUAAAACAAAUUUAUAUACGAUACAGAAGACAUAAAUAUCUAUUUAUGAAGAACACAAGAAUGCGUUAUAUUUGCAUCUAAACUAGCUACUAAUAUGGGUGUCGGACAUAACACAUAUUUAGUACAAAAAUUUGCGCCACGGGAUAAAUAUUAACGCUUCCAGAAAUAGUUGAAUUUUGAAAAAAAAAAAAAUGUUUAUUUGAAAGUUGAAAACUUUAUAUUUACAGGUCGCAUUGAACUCAGAUUUUAAAAUCACUCAUUAAAUAAUAUUAUAUCAAUAAUAUAAUCAAAUAUGUUUAAGUUUUAUGAAAUUUGUUUUUCGAGCGAUAUUUUAAGUUCAUUCAAAAACCAAAGUCCCGUCUAAUAACUAGAUUUUUUUCAUGUUGAAAACUCCAACUAUAUUGUCACCAGACACCACUCACCGUGCAAUGUUACUUGAAAUUGUCCAAAUUUUUGAUCCUCCAUAUAGCAAGCUCCGACACCUUUAAAGAUAUCCAUCGGCCCACAUACGCUAUGAGUGAAAAUGUAUGACAAUAUUGCGGUGUUGCAUGAACAUUAAAUCAAUAGUGACCUGAUGGUCGCUUAAACAUGAUUUAAGGGUCCAUGAUUGGUCCAUUCAAUUUUAUCGAACUAUUAAAUUAACCAAUUUUUCAUGCAAUCCGUAUAUGACGUGUAUAAUAAUUAAUACUGUUUCAAUCAGUGUCGCCGACCAACCAAAAUUUAGAAAACAAUAUACAUAGCUUUGUAUACAAAUGUGAUCGAAGAGGUUUUGGUAAAAACCAUAAUUGUGGUAACUAUAAUAUAAAAUGGUCUCUUUGAUCACAGUAUACCAUGCCGUGUAUAUCGUGUACAGGGAUUUCCCGCCCAUGUAUAAUAUUAUUAUGUCAUCUUCAUUUAUCAUCACCCCUGAACAGGUUCUUCGUGGACAACAGCUUUAAGGAUUUCCACGUGGUGACCAUGCGGUCCGAGGAUCCGGACGCUGAACAACAUGACGACACACUCUCCGCGUCAUUCCAGUACGAGCACGACGGGUUCGAAUGCGCGAUGACGGUGCGCUGGCGGAACGAGAACAACAACGACACGACGGAAUACAACUUGUUCGCGUACUCCGGUACCCGGACGUUCAGCGGGUUCGUGGACGCGCACAUCGAGACGUGCGGGCUGACCACGUACAAGCCGGGCGGCUCGGCACCCGGCCAAUACGGCGGUGCCGUCGUGUACUACGACCCUCCCAAGGAUCUGGUCACCAUCACCGGCAUCACGAUCGCCGCCAGGUCACCGGACCUCGGCACGUUGCCCAUACCCAGCACGUUGGACACGAACAGCUAUCCGCUCGCCAACGACUACUACACGUUCAGCAAGCGGACGGUAACGGUCGGCAAGCGGAAAAUGUUGGAGAUCAACAUGGAGCUGUCCAAGCCGGUCGCCAACCUGGUCACGUUCGGCAUCUACAAGCUACCGCGGCGCGUGAACCGUGGUUGACACGAUAGGCGAUCGCACGGUCAUUAUUGCCCAUACUACCUGUAUAAUUAUAGUAAUGCUAAUGUUGCAUAAUAAUAUAAUUUAUGUGACGUCGGCGCAGGCGCAUUUACCGUUUUAUUUAUUGCGCAGUGCACACGUCAUUUCCUAUACAAGACAUAUUAUUAUUUUCUAACUUAUAAUAAUAUUAAGAUGCCCUACGGCCUACACUACAAUUGUAUAAUAGGUACCUAAAUUUUUAUAUAUAAUGCCACUCGAAUAAAUAUUUUUUAGCACGUUUCUAGUACCUACCUAUGUUUAAUCGUAUCUGUAGGGGACUCUGAGGAGGGGCAUGUCCAUUCCUCUAGGGCCGUCACACUUAUAUAUUAUUGAGGAUCCACUUUCCAUCCCAUAUCACUUAAAAAUAAAUGUAUUACUUACUUUAUUUUAUAUUCAAUGACAAUAACGUAUAAUUGUAUCAUACGACUUUUUUUUAUCUCGUGUCCCAUUUGGAUCGAAUGUUUUCUCACUAUAUUAUAAUAUUCUGUUCACUGAGCUCAACCCGCGGUGAGACAAACGGUUUUGUCGGACUUUUAUUUUAAUAACAAUAUAUAUAUUUCGAUGACAUUCUUAAAUGUGAUGACAUUGGUAAAACUAUGAACUAAUUCACGAUAUACAUAUACAUAUUUUACAACUAAUGAAAAAAAUUGAACCGCAAAUGACAACAAUUUUGAAAAUACCUAUAUAAGAUAAAUCUAACAAUUUAAAAAUAUAAUAUAUUUCAUAUGAGCGCGUAUAUUAAAGCAUGAACUCAAAACUAAUGAUAAAAGUCCUCUUUAUUUCCACCUAUGUUUGGGUCCUUGUAAUAACAAUUGUAGCUGAUUAAUUUAUAUUAAUUUAUAUGUAUUGUAUAAUAUUGUACUGUAUAUUAGUGUUAAGUGUAUUUUUAAUAGUAAUAAUAACUUAAACUGCUUUAGUUAAGUUCGGUGUUAACGAACAUUUUAAUGUAUUUUAUAUAUAGGUACGUACAAUCGUAAUAUAGUUUUAUACUUUAUAUUUUUUUAUUUGAAACAAUGUCGUAGUUAGGAAUUUUAUUUAGGGGGGGGGGGGGGUCACUCAUUAUUCUAUCUCAUUUACAAUACGAUAUCUAUACAGUAAUAUAAUAAUAUAGUCUAUGUACGUAACUAUCACAAAAAUCAAAAUUUUACUCAAGAUAUCCUUCUUUGAAAAUAUUUAUCAGAAAUCAGAAGUAAGAUUAAUUUUAAAUUCGCUAUUACAAAUGUUCCUUCGGACCUUCCUAUAUUUUUUACGAUAUUUCAUGUGUGUAACUUAAAUUGUACAUUAAAUUAUAUAGGUACUCUAUAGUACCAUAUUCGAUGUGCCCCAUUAGGAUUAUAUAUAGCACCUUUUCCUAGCUGCGACACUGAUCUUUAAUAUUACAGCUCACUACCAAUUAUUUAUAGAAAAUUAUUACACUCAAUGUUAAAUUAUAAACAGGGGUCAAAAUAUAUUUAUUUAUUUAUUUAUUUUAAAAAUAAAAAUGUUACUUAACAAUUUAGUUAUUACCUUACUGGAAAUUAACUCAUAAGUGCUCAGAAGACAAACAUUUUUCCUAAUGUAUAGUUAACCUUCUGCAGAUAUGAAGAUAUCAAUGUAUCAAAGACAUAGUCUAUAGUAUAUAAUAUAUAGUAUCAGUCUUGUGAAACAUUCGAAUAAACGUAAUAAAAUAUAUUUUUUUUAUUUAAC